AUGGGGAAAAAACGCGUUCUGGUGCCGGCGAAGGACGUUGAUUUGAGUUUGGUUCAAUACGAGCCUGAAACUGUUCAAGCUCCGCAUUUGACUGGCUUUGGGUUUAGAUUGCUUGUGAGGCUAAUUGAAGCUCCAUUGAUAGGUCCUCUUCUCAUGAAUUAUUUGAAGAAGGAAAAUAAAAUUGAUGAGUUAUUGCGGAACACUGUGAUACCCGAGGAACCCAUGUUUAAACCUGAAUAUCCGCCUCAAGAAAAAGAACCUGGUGUUGUUGAGCUUGACGAAGAUGGGAGACCGGAAGACCGAGUUAAGUCUGCCUUGAACUGUCUUCCACAUUAUGAUCCUGCUGAAUUAUGGGAAAGUUCAUCCGCACCCUUUCGGUACUGGAAAAUACGUGAUUAUGCUCAUGCUUAUCGGUUUAGAAAACUAACCCCAUCUAUGGUUGCUGAACGCAUAAUCUCAAUUAUAGAGGAGAAUGGAAUUGAUAAACCUCCGACACCACUAUUGAUAACUUUUGAUGCUUCAGAAGUCCGGAAGCAGGCAGCAGCAUCUACUCAGAGGUUUGAAGCAGGAAAUCCAUUAUCAAUAUUGGAUGGAACUUUCAUAGCUAUUAAAGAUGACAUAGACUGCCUUCCUCAUUCGUCUAAGGGUGGAUCUACAUGGCUGCAUGAGGUACGUACUGUAAAGAAGGAUGCUGUCUCUGUUUCAAGACUGCGUAGCUGCGGUGUCAUAUUCCUAGGGAAGGCAAAUAUGCACGAGUUUGGCAUGGGUACGACAGGAAAUAAUCCUAAUUAUGGAACUGCAAGAAAUCCUCAUGCACCUGAUAGGUACACUGGUGGAUCUUCUUCAGGUCCAGCUGCAAUUGUUGCUUCUGGACUAUGUUCUGCUGCACUUGGAACUGAUGGUGGAGGUUCUGUCCGUAUUCCUUCUUCCCUAUGUGGCGUGGUAGGAUUGAAGAUAAAUUAUGGGAGAUCAAGCAUGGAAGGGUCCUUAUGUGAUUCUGGGACAGUGGAAGUUAUUGGACCCAUUGCUUCUUCCGUAGAGGAUGCAAUGCUAGUGUAUGCAGCAAUGUUGGGCACAUCACCUACAAAUAGAAUCAGUAUGAAUCCGUCAACACCUUGUUUGCCAACUCUGUCGUUUGAUGAUGAUACAGAUGCUUUGGGAUCAUUAAGAAUAGGGAAGUACACCCCGUGGUUUAAUAAUGUCCAUUCAACUGAAGUCUCUGAUAAAUGUGAGGAUGCUCUUAAUCUUUUGUCAAAGGCGCAUGGUUGUGAAGUGAUAGAAGUUGUUAUCCCAGAGAUUUUGGAGAUGAGAACUGCCCAUGUUGUUUCCAUUGGCUCUGAGUGCUUAUGUUCAUUGAAUCCUGAUUGUGAAGAGGGGAAAGACACAAAAUUGACAUAUGAUACUCGUACAAGUUUGGCACUUUUCCGGUCGUUCACAGCUGCAGAUUAUGUUGCAGCCCAAUGUAUUAGGAGAAGGAAUAUGCAUUAUUUCAUGGAGAUUUUCAAGAAAGUUGAUGUCAUAGUGACUCCAACAACUGGCAUGACGGCGCCCAUCAUACCUCCAAGUGCCCUUAAAAGUGGUGAAACAGAUAUGCAGACAACAGGUUACCUUAUGCGGUUCGUUGUUCCAGCAAAUCUUUUGGGAUUCCCUGCUAUUUCUGUCCCGGUGGGUUACGAUAAAAAAGGACUUCCAAUAGGUUUGCAAAUAAUUGGCCGACCAUGGGCAGAAGCUACUAUUUUGCGUGUAGCAUUUGCAAUCGAGAAACUCUGCGGUGAGUCAAAGAAACGACCUGUAUCAUUCUAUGAUGUUCUGAGGGCUAACUGA